CAGAUGAAGGAGGAGAGAGAAAAUCAAACUUUUCCCCAAUUUUUUGUAUUUUUGAGGAGAGAGAAAAUCAAUUAACCUCCCCUUCGUUUUCGGGAGGUGAGAGAAAAUAUUUUCAUAAAAUUUCUCUAAAUUUUAUGUUUUUAAUUUAGAUUUUUUGGUGUUCGAUUUUCCCCUAUUUUGAUUUUUCUUCUGAAUUUUCAGAGGAGAGAGAUUUCUCUCUCUUUCUCUCUCUAUCUUCUUCUCUUUCUCCAGAAAAAUUGAUUUGAUUUGAAUUGAUUUCAAUUGAAUUUUUAGGGUUUGUGGUGUGGGAGAUUGGGGAAAAAAGAGGAGAGAGAAAGUUAAAAGAUGAAUGUGAUGCGUCGUCUUAAAAGCAUUGCUUCUGGGCGUACUUCUAUAUCUGAUCUCGAUGGGGAUGGUAGCACCAAGAGGGCCAAAGUUGAGCAAGAAACAGAAGGAAGUUUCACAGAUGAAUCACACACUGAUGAGAGAUGUACUACAGAAGUAGAGCACCGUGUAGCUUCAACAUCCAUGGAGGCUGUUCCAAGCACAUCUGAUGGGAAUCCUAUUGAUAGGACGCAGAAAGCUGAUUAUGAUAAGCUUCCUACAGAAAUGCAUGGAAUGAAAAUCCAGGAUAGCAAAGCAGAUAAAGGUGAUGAUAAGGACAUGGAAGCUGCUGUUGUGAGUGGCAGUGGCACUGAAGCUGGGCAGAUAAUUACUACUACAAUGGGUGGUAGGAAUGGGCAGCCAAAACAGACAGUUUCUUACAUGGCGGAACGUGUGGUUGGCACUGGAUCAUUUGGUGUAGUCUUUCAGGCAAAGUGCUUGGAAACUGGUGAACAAGUUGCAAUUAAAAAGGUGUUACAAGAUAAGCGAUACAAGAACAGAGAACUCUCGAUCAUGCGCUUACUAGAGCAUCCAAAUGUUGUUUUACUAAGGCAUUGUUUUUAUUCAACGACUGAAAAGGAUGAGCUGUACCUUAACCUCGUUCUAGAGUAUGUUCCCGAAACUAUCUAUCGGGUUUUGAAGCACCAUAAUAGGAUGAAUCAGCACAUGCCAAUGAUCUAUGUACAACUGUAUACCUACCAGAUUUGUCGCUCGCUCAAUUAUAUACACAAUGUUAUCGGUGUUUGCCAUCGUGACAUCAAGCCCCAAAAUAUACUUGUUAACCCACACACUCAUCAAGUAAAGCUCUGUGACUUAGGGAGUGCAAAGAUGCUGGUACCGGGUGAACCUAAUAUUUCAUACAUUUGUUCCCGGUAUUAUCGUGCUCCCGAAUUGAUAUUUGGAGCUACUGAGUACACAACUGCAAUCGAUAUGUGGUCUGUCGGUUGCGUCUUGGCUGAGCUUCUCUUGGGGCAGCCUUUGUUUCCUGGUGAAAGUGGUGUUGAUCAACUGGUGGAGAUCAUCAAGAUUUUGGGAACACCAACGAGAGAAGAAAUAAAGUGUAUGAAUCCAAAUUACAGCGAGUUCAAGUUUCCCCAGAUCAAGGCUCAUCCGUGGCACAAGGUGUUUCAUAAGCGUAUGCCUCCUGAAGCUGUGGAUCUUGUGUCAAGAUUGCUCCAGUAUUCACCAAAGCUUCGGUGCUCAGCUCUGGAAGCUUGUGCGCAUCAUUUCUUUGAUGAUCUGAGAGACCCAAAUGCAAGCUUGCCUAAUGGAAGACCUCUUCCUCCUCUAUUUAACUUCACCCCUGAAGAGUUGGCUCAUGCAACACCUGAACUACGUCAACGCCUGAUCCUUGACUCAACAAAGAAGUGAGAGUUUUCAAGGUGAUGGUUGUGACAUUUUCUCCUGGUUUGCUAACUUGCCCACAAGUAUCUUGAAUUGUGAGUUCUCGUGAAGCUUGUCAUCCUCAUUCAAGUGUUAUACAGACAUCCAGAUAGAACACUUUACUAGGCAGAUCAGCUAUUUAUUUGUGACAGCUCGUUUUCUAUGACCGAGUAAUUGGGGAAGUGUAAGUUCAAGAGAGUGAAAAUUUACGCGGCAAUGGAGGUUAUUUAGCUUUGAUUUCAAAGUUACUGUACCUCUUCAGUUAUGGUGAAUUGUACUUGUGAAAUUGUGUAUGAUAUUGUGUAUCUACUCCUUAGUUAUCUCUGGUCAUCGACACUUUCCAUGGUGACUAGAUUGCAUUUGUCAUUACUUAGGCUAUGGUGUAAUUGGUUGUCACCUUUUGUGCUUCAUUAUGAGGUGUUGAGGAGAAAUUUAAGGCUCGUUUUUCUAUGCAACCUCUAGUUCAUGGGUUACUCCGGAUUAAUUCACCCUUGUUGCAAUAUAAUGGGUUACAUUUUGAAUUUUGACAUUAUUCACAAACUUUAAUUUGACUGUAAUUAUUAUUUUA